CCAUAACUUUCCCAUGGCGCCCAUCCGCCGCUACCUCCGCAUAACCAAACACUCCGUCCUCGAAGUCCGUAUCUACGUCGACCGGCCCUCAGACGCCGACACCUGGCUUCUCAACCGCGCCUCUCCCGCGCUUCCACGCGUCAUCGAAGCCGUGCGACCCCUCGUGCUCCCAAAACUGCGCGAGGAGAACGAGCGCGCAAAAGGCAGAGGCAAGGGAAAGAAGAAGGGUAUCAAAGAUGUGGUUGUUUGCGGUAUGUUUAGCUAAAUCCAAAAAGAUGACUUCGAUGUAUCGAUCUUCCUAACCGAGUUAUCCGCACGGCAUUCGCUCCUUACCAAGCAGAAGAGCUUCAAGGAGAAACCUGGCCUCGAGAGUAACUCAAAGAAGCUGAC